UUGCUAGAAGACAGAAGGCAGAGACCGGAGGAAACGCGUCGAAAGCGCAAUGUUAAAGGGGCGCUUCUAGUCGUGGAGACAAGGGAAGGAGAGCUGGCGAUAGACGGGGCGAUUUGAAGCAGCUACAGUGGUCAUCAGAGCUGCGCAGUGUUGGUGAGGGUUGGUCAUGGUCGGACGGGGACCGUGGAUAUGUAAACCCCGAUUUGGAAAGCGAGGGAGCAGACUCGGGGUUUUUCCCCUUCUGUGCGCGGCUGCCGCGUGUGCAGCCCUGUUGGCUCUGCUGUUUGUGGACUUCAUCGAGUCAUGGGUUACCUCCAUCAGUAUGAACACCGUGGUGGAGGCGCAUGCCGGCAUCAUACCCCCGCAGAGCGUCCCUCCGACCAGACCCGAGGAGUUCCUGCUCAUGCCAAGCCCGCUUGUGUGCCAGCGUGCCAAGCCUUACCUCAUCACCAUGGUUACCUCGGCUCCUGGAAAUCAGAGGGCCCGCCAAGCCAUCAGGGACACCUGGGGCGGGGAGGUGGAGGUGAGGGGCUUGCGGGUCAUGACCCUCUUCAUGGUAGGUGUGGCGUCUGAUCCUGGACUGGCCAAGCUGCUAAUAGAGGAGGCCAGAGAGCGAGGAGAUCUGAUUCAGGGGCGGUUUUUGGACACCUACUCCAAUCUCACCCUGAAGACCCUAUCCAUGCUGGGCUGGGCCCGACGGUUCUGCCCUCAGGCUCACUUCAUGGCCAAAGUGGACGAUGAUGUCUUGUUCAACCCCAGCGCCCUCCUGCACUUCUUGAACAAAAGCCGCAACCCGUACGAACAAGGAGACCUGUACCUCGGCAGGGUACAUCUCCAUGUUGCUCCGGACCGCGAUCCAGACAGCAAGCACUACCUCCCUUCAGGGGCCUACCCUCCCUCCGUCUUUCCGGACUACUGCAGUGGUACAGCCUAUGUUCUGUCCCGCUCUGCAUUGCUCAAAAUAUCCCUGGCGGCCAACGCAUCCCCAUUAUCCACACCUCUGCCCCCCGAGGAUGUCUUUGUGGGUCUGUGCGCACGGGCGGCUGGGGUGCUGCCCUCGCACUGCCCGCUGUUCUCUGGUGGCCCUGGUGUGCCAUACGGGCGCUGCUGCUUUCAGGCCAUGGUUUCCGUCCACCACAUCCCACCCAGGGAGAUGUUGCACUACUGGGCUGACGUCCAUUCAUCACCCCCCUGCUCCUGGCUGAGUCUGCGCGCCUCUCUGGGGAUGUGCAAAGUCAGAGCGAUGCUGGGGUCAGUGCUGGGCCUGGAGCAGGGGUUGUGAAGGUUGGUGAGAAGGAGAGUUGGACUCAUUGGGGCUGUGCCUCGCUUCGAUACUGUGAACAGCACAAGUGCUC